AUGAAAGAUUGAAAGACAAAGAUGGAAAUUUCUGAAGAAAAAGAUUCAGCAAGGGCUGUAUCAGAAAGACUCCAAAGACAGAUCUCCCAGGAAUGUGGGUUAGUUGAAACUGGUGAUCCUGAGGACAGGUUAUUGAGGUAUUGGGUAAGCCCCUUAGAGGAUGCAGUGGGACAUCCCCCUUCCCAAGAGAGAGGUAUCAGGGAAGUGAAUCUGAUCCCCAAGAAAGCCAUUGCAGGAGAGAGAGUCCAUGGAUGUAAGGAAAGAGAAAAAAUACUUUCUGCAGGAGAAAGAUCCCACAGAUAUGAAGUCUGUGGCCAGAGCUUCAAACAGAAGUCAGAAAUAACUGAACAUCAGAAAACCGGUAAUAUAAAGAAAACUUAUGAAUGUAAGGAAUGUGGAAAAACUUUCAAUCGGAGCUCAAACCUGAUUGUACAUCAGAGAAUUCAUACAGGAAAGAAACCAUAUGUAUGUAGUGAAUGUGGAAAAGACUUUAAUCAAAGUUCAAAUCUUAUUAUACAUCAGAGAAUUCAUACAGGAAAGAAACCUUAUAUAUGUCAUGAAUGUGGAAAAGACUUCAAUCAGAGAUCUAACCUGGUCCGACAUAAGAGAAUUCAUAACGACGAGAAUCCCUAUGAAUGUAAAGAGUGUGGAAAGGCCUUCAAGGGAAGCUCAAACCUUGUCCUGCACCAGAGAAUUCACAGUGGAGGGAAGCCAUAUGUAUGUAAUGAGUGCGGGAAGGCCUUCAAUCAAAGCUCAGAUCUUAUUAUCCAUAACAGAAUUCACACUGGAGAGAAACCCUAUGAAUGUUAUGAAUGUGGACAAACCUUCAGUCAGAGUUCACACCUUGUCACACAUCAGAGAAUUCAUACUGGAGAGAAACCCUUCAAGUGCAACACCUGUGAAAAGGCCUUCAGGCAGCGUUCACGCCUCACAGAACACCAGAGACUCCACAGUGGGGAGAGACCCCAUGAAUGUCGCAAAUGUGGGAAAUCCUUCAGUGGGCGCACAGCCUUUCUUAAACAUCAGAGACUACAUACUGUAAAGGAACUUGAAUGUGAAAAAGCCUGCACUUCUGACUUAGCUCUUAUCCAACAACAGAAAAUUCACAGGGAAGAAAAACAUUAUGAAUGUACUGAGUGUGGAAAAACUUUCCGGGGAAGUUCAGAUCUAAUUCGGCAUUGGAUAACUCACACUGGAGAGAAACCCUAUGAAUGUAGUGAAUGUGGGAAAGCCUUUAGCCAGAGGUCGCACCUUGUUACACAUCAGAAAAUUCACACUGGAGAGAAGCCCUAUCAGUGCAAUGAAUGUGGGAAAGCCUUCCGGCAGCGUUCACUCCUCGUCCAGCAUCACAGAAUCCACAGUGGUGAGAAACCCUAUGAAUGUAAGGAAUGCGGAAAAGCCUUCAUCUGGCGCACGGCUUUUCUCAAACAUCAGAGACUUCAUACUGGAGAGAAACUUGAGAAAGGUGAGAAAACAUUCAGCAAGGAAGAGUUGCUUAGAGAAGAGCAGAGAAUUUGCCAAGAAGUGAAAGCUUAUCAGUGCAGUCAGUGUGGUAGAACUUUCCGAGGCAGCUCAGACCUCAUCCGACAUCAGGUAACUCAUUCAGGAGAGAAACCCUAUGAAUGUAAAGAAUGUGGGAAAACUUUCAAUCAGAGCUCAGACCUUAUGAGACAUCACAGAAUUCAUAGUGGAGAAAAACCUUAUAUGUGCAAUAAAUGUGGGAAAUCUUUCAGGGGCAGCUCAGAUCUCAUUAAACACCACCGUGUUCAUACUGGAGAGAAACCCUAUGAAUGCCCUGAAUGUGGGAAGGCCUUCAGUCAGAACUCCCACCUUGUUAGUCACCAGAGAAUUCACACUGGAGAGAAACCCUUUGAAUGUAGCAACUGUGGGAAGGCCUUCAGUGGGCACACAGCUUUUCUUAAACAUCAGAAACUUCAUACUGGAAAGGAGCUUGGGGAACACAAGAGCGUCCACAAACAGGACUUAUUCUAAUAGGUAACAGAGACCUAAUGAACAUAGGAAAAACCGGAUGGAGACCACAUCAUAUUGCACAAUAGAAGGUUUUUAUUGCUGAAAACUCUUUGAAGGUAGGAAAACAUUAGAAGAGCCCUACUGGAUGGAAAACAUAUAAGUGUAAUGUGGGAAAGCUCUUGGACAUAAUCACCUUUUUUCUGCCUCAGAGUUGACACUGGAGUAUGGUCCCCAGGAUAAAAUUAAUUGAGAAUGUUUUACGGUACUUCCAUUGUUAAUAAAAUCAUUAGAAAUCACUUUGUCAACAACCCCCAAACUAAAUUCUUCAUGGAAGGAGCCAUUUCAAUCUCAACUACCUAGUCCAGUGACAAGUAUAAAUCUGUUUUAGGUACUUUAGAGUGAUUAAUCUUUCUCUGGGAUGAGUUCUUCCCGUUUAGAUAUAUAUUUAUACAUAUUCCCCUUUUAUCUCCUUAUAAAAAUAUGCUUAUGCAUAUGUGAUAAUACUAAUUAGAAUGAUCCAUUAAUUCAGGGGUCCCCAACCUCUGGGCUGUGGACAGUACUGGGCCGAGGCCUGUAAG